AAGAGCUGAAGUAUAAAUAUAAACUUGGGCUCCUUUUCUAAUAGUGGGAUGUAUUGAAAGGGAACCUGGGUACCUCACAGAACCGAAGGAAAAAGAACUGAGCCGGGUUUCACCUGGCCUCGAGAAUCCUUGGGGGCUUCGUUUCUUUUCCUUCUCUCUCCGGUCGCAGUGCUGGGAAAGGGAGAGCGGCCCACAGGCUGAGCAGAUAGAGCAGUUCAUCUGUUGCCGUCUCAUUCAUUUUUUUCACCAAAAUCGGCAGGGGAUGCUGGCGCUUAUCUUCCAUCAUCGGCGGGCGGUGUGUUCAGCUCCUGGCUGGGUGACAGCGGCCUGGGGAGCGCUUGCCAAGCUGGCGAGGAACACCAAGUGGGAAAUCGACGUCCCUCUGCACCUGGGGCGCCUCCUGCUGGUGAAGCUACGCAAACGCAAACUCCUGCUGGAUUCUGACUGGUUCUGCAAGUGGAUCACGGUUCAGGGCCCCGGGACGCAGGACGAGGCCCUCUUUCCUUGCUACCGCUGGGUGCAGGACGACGGGAUUAUCUGCCUGCCGGAGGGCACAGCCCGGACUGUGAGUGACGACCCCCAGAACCUGUUUAAGAGACAGCGGGAGCAGGAGGUGGAGGACAGAAAGAAAGUGUACCGCUGGGGCUCCUGGAAGGCUGGGCUGAUCCUGCCGAUAGCAGGGAGUACGCGGGAGGACCUUCCGAGGGACGAGCGGUUCCUGGAGAAUAAGAAUUUAGACUUCACCUUCUCUCUGGCAAAAGAGUUGAAGGAUUUGGCUAUUAAAGGAACACUGGAUUUUGCAACUUGUGUAAAAAGCCUGGAAGAUUUCAAAAAAGUAUUCCCGAGUGGAAAGACUCCCCUGGCUGUGCGGGUCUCUGAUUGCUGGAAGGAUGACGCCCUCUUCGGCUACCAGUUCCUCAACGGUGCAAACCCCGUGCUUUUGAGGCGCUCUAAGAGCCUCCCAGCCCGGCUGCUGCUGCCUCCAGGGAUGGAAGACUUGCACACCCAGCUGGAGAAAGAGCUUCAGGCUGGAUCUCUGUUUGAAGCUGAUUUCUCACUGCUGGAUGGGGUUAAGCCAAAUGUCAUCAUUUUUAAGCAGCAAUAUGUGACAGCCCCUUUAGUUAUGCUGAAGCUACAGCCGGAUGGAAGACUUUUACCCAUGGUCAUUCAGCUCCAGCCGCCUCAACAGGGACACCCUCCACCUCUGCUCUUCCUGCCUUCAGAUCCCCCCAUGGCCUGGCUCCUGGCCAAGAUAUGGGUCCGGAGCUCUGAUUUCCAGCUGCACCAGUUACAGUCACAUCUGCUUAGGGGACAUCUGGUGGCUGAGGUUAUUUCUGUGGCCACAAUGAGGAGCUUGCCCAGCCUGCACCCUAUCUACAAGCUCCUGAUCCCCCACUUUCACUACACCAUGGAGAUCAACACCUUGGCCCGGAGCAACCUUGUCUCUGAAUUUGGAAUUUUUGAUCUGGUGGUGAGUACAGGAAGGGGUGGCCAUGUGGAGAUUCUCCAGAGAGCCACAGCUUGUUUGACUUAUCGUUCCUUCUGUCCUCCUGAUGACCUGGCUGACCGUGGGCUCUUGGAUGUGAAAUCUUCUCUCUAUGGCCAAGAUGCCCUCAGGCUGUGGGGAAUCAUCAGUCGGUAUGUGAAUGGGAUGGUUGGGCUUUUCUACAAGAGCGAUGAAGCUGUGAAGCAUGAUCCAGAGCUGCAGGCAUGGUGUAGAGAAGUCACUGAGGUUGGACUGCAGGGGGCCCAGGACCGAGGGUUCCCCCUCUGCUUAGAGUCCCAGGCUCAGCUCUGUCAUUUUGUUACCAUGUGCAUCUUCGCGUGCACCGGUCAGCAUGCUUCUACCCACCUCGGCCAGCUGGACUGGUACUCCUGGGUCCCUAAUGGCCCCUGCACCAUGCGGAAACCCCCACCCACCUGCAAGGAUGUGACAGAGCAGGACAUAGUGGAUUCCCUGCCUAGUCUCCAGCAAGCCCGUAUGCAGAAGACUUUCAUCAACUUCCUUGGCAGACAACAACCCGCCAUGGUAUCCCUGGGGCAGCAUACGGAGGAAUAUUUCUCAGGUCUUGGGCCCCAGGCUGUGCUGAAGCAAUUCCGGGAGGAGCUGACUGCCAUGGACAAAGACAUUGAGGUCCGGAAUGCACACCUGGACCUGCCCUAUGAGUACCUUCAACCCAGCAAGGUGGAAAACAGUGUGACCAUCUGACAAGCUUGCACCCUCAUCCCCAAAGCUCACUGUCUCUAAGUUGAUUCAUUUUUCAAAUUUUGCUUUUUAAAAUUUGUCUCUGCUUUGCUAGUUGUACUACCUUUAGUAGUAUGCCUAAACUAGUAGUACCACUUUUCGUAUAACUACCCAGCCCUAUGAAUCUCUAAAUAGUUUACUUUAUUGCUGUUGAAUAUUUUUCUAUUGUGAGCAAAGAUAAAGUUUUUCUAUAUGGUAGGUAUUUGGUUUGUCUUAGUGGUCAUGCUAUAAUUACAGAUCUCUUUUCUGUGGUUAAGGGUGAUACUUUAUUUGUCCUUAGGGUUUGUCAAUAUUUAGUUUGUACUAGAUAUUAUUACUAUAGCCACAGUGACAUAGUUGUUGGCAGACUUUCUAGCUUCUACCACUGACUUUUGGGCCUUCCCAGUGCAGAUCCUUGAUACAAACUUGCAUGAGACAUUG